AUGCCCAGGUUUGACGCCUACUUCGACGACUUGAAGUCCUGCUCGCUAAUUGACUUCUUAGAACACAAACUCCCAACGAAUAAAAUUAAAGCCUACAGUUUAUACAAGGGAACACUUAGAUCUAUCAUUAGAGACGUUAACAUUGAGGAAGACCGAAGAGUAAUCGCACGCGCCUGGGCAUUUGUUUUGACCUCUGUGUCAGACUUAUGUCGCGAGGGAACAUUUUUGUUUGACCUCCGUGUCCAUGGGAGAUAUGCCUCUGUGCUGGUGUGGAUUUCAUACUACUUCCGCCAAACCUCUGUGUUUUGGAAUUAUGGCCUCCGUGCCGAACAAAGCAAGUCGGAGGCGGUGAAACAAUACUGGAAAAAGAGAGAACUGGAAGAUGAAAUUUAUAUCGAAGAAACCCUUCAUGUUCUAGACGCGACGAUAGAUACACGAAAGCAAGGUCAUUUGCUACGAAAAAUAAUUACGGAAAAGUUAGAAAAACGGAGUGCCUCACAAGUCGAAGAAGAGACCAAUUUUGAACAAAGUCAAAUAAAGCGGACAAGAACAGACCGUCAAGUCACACCGGAAGAUCAAAUCUAUCCGUCUUUCCUACUUUCGGAGAAUCACAUGGCCAAUACUGCUUUAUAUACCCAAAACAAUGAUAUAUGGGAAAAAUUGGCGCGACAAGAAAAUCAAAUCGAACCCCAGAAAGCAUUGAACAAGGAACAACUAUCGGAAUUAGAUGACGAUUACAAUUUAAUUGAUCACGAGAUCUUCCUGAAAGUGAACAAUUGCUGUGCUAAUGAUCAUGAGGAAUUGAGAAAUUUAAGUUUUGAUAAUGCGUCGAUUCGAAUCGUUUUGCUUGACAUACUCUUUCAAUACCGAUCCAAAGAUUUUGAAAUGGGGAAGACAAUUAUGAAUUCUAAUUUUUUGAACGAUAUAAUCGAUUUGACAGAUGCUAGUAUGAAACAAUGUGUACGAUCCAGUCUGAAUGAAGGACAACGAUCAUUUCUCAAUCUAAUACUGGAAAAGCAAACAUGGGAUCAAACGAACGAAUUCAAAGAUUUUUGUAGUCAAUUCACUGAAGAUAAUUGUGAUCGUGUCCAAGUCCCUACCCUUAAUGUACCAGGAUGUGUUGGAUUGGAACUGGCAGUUACAAAGAACCGUAAGAUUGAUGGCAUUUUAAAAGUUCUCAAUGUAAAGAAAGAGAAUCAUCGAGUAAUAGGAAUUGCCGAGUUUUCAAAAGGGAUAAAGUCCCCCAAUACCAAGGAUGUUGACGACAAGGUAAAACUCGGCCGAAACGCCAUGCGAAUAUUAAACAAACUACUUGACACCGUAUCUUCUGAAAAGGCUCGUGUGUACACAAUUCAAUGUGUGAAUGGAGAAAUUCGCAUACGAUAUAUGGUACGGCCACUUCCAUCAAUAUAUCUGUAUGACGAAUUUGCGUGCAUCAAGCUUCCCAACAGUUUCGAUCAUAUGGAACAAUUUGCAACGGAAAUGGCAAUUCUCAUGAAUUUUCAGAAAGAUAUCUUGAAGACAGUUAAGUCGGUAAAAAAAUCAACAGGGGAUAAAAGUGUAUAUAAAUCUGAAGUCAAACCCACGCCAGAACGUGCAAAAAAAAAUAAUAGUAAAAAAAACGAAAAUUCUGCUUCAUAA